AUGUCUGCAGCGGUGCAAAGGUCUCGCGGGUCUCCAAGACUUACCCUCGAGCUCGUGACCCUCAUCGCGAGCCACCUCGAGCUCGAGGACGUGUACUCGUGCUUCGCCGUCUCCAGCGGCUGGCGCAGAAUCUGGACGAGUCCCGUACUCGCGCAAUCUCUCUGCGCCUACUUCUUCCCGCGGUCUCCCAAGCCCCACGAUCUCGCGGCCUUUCACGCGGCGAGCCUCGUCCGCCACAGGACGGAGCAUGGCCUCUACACGUCCAAGCUGGAGAAGCGCUUCCAGUACGACUCGGAGACGUAUUUCCGGCUGGACCCGGAAUUUCACCCGGACGGCAAGUACCCUCCUCCUUGA